AUGUGGUAUAACAACAAAGCAGGACCUGGGCGAUUUGCCGCCAAUGCGCUACUAGCAGGAGAAAAGCGGCAGGGGCAGGGGCAGGGGCAGGAAGAGGAGGAGGAGCCGCUGACAAUGCGCAUGAAUGGAGACACUCGGUCCUGUGCUGAGAUCGUAGGACAAGAUAGGAAAUGGCAGGGCCCAGCAAGUGGUAGAGGAGGCAAUAUGUCAGCUUCAACUGUGUCCGAGCUGCUAAGGUGCAUGAACCGAAGCUAUGAAGCCCCUGCCCAGGGAAGGUCGGCACUCCCACGAGAUGGGGUGAGAAACCUUAGCUUUAAGAAAGUCUCAGGCAAGACAAAUGCCUCUGGUGGAGAGGAGAGCUUCAGCGACAGGCAGCAGAGAGGGCAGAGCGCGGACGAGCUGUGGUUGGCGCACAUGGCGGGAAAACGGAUGCUGCCAGACUUCAUUAUGGAAACCGACUGGAAACAACUGUCUGUCCUCAUUGCGGAGGUUCAGAGAGUUGCAGUCACCAAGUGCUUGACGACCCGCACCAACGCUUGCUCGAGGAGCAAGAGGAUGAGCUCUGUAGACAACAUCGUCUGCUUCCUCGUCAAGGCAGCCUACUCUUCCCAACUCAAAGAUAAAACUUCGGUUUCCAUUUCACUCAGUCGGAAAUGUGGUGAGGUCUUGAACGCCGCAUGCAGCCUGUCGGAGGACUUGAUGAAAGGAUUGUCCUGUACCCUGUAUAUCCUCGAGAUUGCCAAGGAAAUAGAUACGAAGGGGGAUGUAUUCGUUCCCUUGCUUCGAGACAGGACCCGCUACCUCUUUUCUGCGUCAAGGUUCACAACUCCGAGCAGUGAUGACGGAAUCUCUUUCAACCAACUUUCUUAUCAUUUCUGGGACCUGCUUAUUUCAUCGCAACUGGAGCCAGAUGGCUCGUGUCUUGGUUUAGCUGCAAUCAUGAUACGAUUGCUUUCAAGGUCGGACGAGAUCAGCGCACGGUCCGUCCAAGAGCUGGUAGACAACGAAGUCACUUCCGCUCUGUCCGCAUGCAAUGCUGAGAAGAUGGGAAGAUGCAUUCUCAUCAUGAUCUUUCUCUCAGAGGACGUGAAGAAUCUCCAUACCUCCCUGAGGGGUUGGGCGAUACACGAGCUCUGGAUGCGAAAGCAACUGGUCGCUCAAGACUCUUGGCACUCGUCCGCCUAUCGGAUACAAGGGGAUUCCCUCAAAAUGCACGUUAGCGCCUUGACCAACUCAAACCUCCAAAAGUGCUACGUCCGGGACUACACAGUGCUUGCGAAGUCAAGGCUGUCAGAGCUCAGCGGGCUCGUCGAGGGAGCAUGUGCCGCAGCAGGUAUCGAUGCGUUGGAGGAUGGUAGACCGGACGGCAGCGAGCUGGAGACGACGGCCGAGGGCAGCCCAGCAGGUCUCCAGAGAUCCUUUGACCUUCUCUGCUCGCGUUUCGAGGAGAAUCUUUCGUCCUUCCAGAUCUACGAGGCCUCGGCAGACCUUACCAAGGAGAUCGAGCGAUGUGGUCAGGUGGUGGAAACACUCGAGGAGCAGUCGGCGUUCCUUAGCAGCUUCAGCGUCACGUUCCUCAAUGGCAUGCUGAAGCUCUUCAUCGCCCACUGCAACAGGUCCAUCGAGAGCGACCUACCCGCUCCUGCCCUAGGAUGUCACCUGUGGCUGUCUCGAUGCUUCUUGGUCGUUGCAGCCCAUGGCAGACUGCUGGAUGCCGUUGUUGACCUCGCGAGGAAGUUGCUCUCGGAACAACAUGACCAGCUCGACAGCGCUCAGCACACGGUCUUGACCUACUUGAUGCUCCACUCCUUCUCCCUCCAGUACUCUCAACCCCUCAGCUCGUCUCCACCAGUGUCAGAGAAGCCUUUCGGUCAGAGGCCGAAGACUGCGGGAGAGUGCGGAGGCUCUUGUUGGUUCUUGGAGGUGCUGCUGUCGCUUCUCAGGCAUGGCGCCCGGGGGAGGAGGACGGUAGUCGAGAUCUGCUGUACUUACCUGCAAGUCGCUGCCUGCGAGUUUCCAUUGAUCCAUGUUGCCCAUGAAGAUCAGGAGGGCAGUGCAGCUAAUGAUUCCUUGGCUCCCGACAGCCUCCGUCAUCAAGAUCAGCAGCGAGUCGCCGUGGUCCCCUCGCUGAUCGUCUCGCUCCUCAAGUGGAUCUCGGGGAGGUUUGACUUUGCCGGCCAGGACUUGGGUCAUGCCCGCAACAACGUCGAAUACCUCAUGGCUGCUCCUGUCCUCUCCUCCCUGGUCGCAGAGACAAGACUCAGUCUGACGCACUUCCUCGAUUUCGAACUUCGUACCCCCGAUGAAGGCGGCGACAGAGACCUGAGGCUGAAUCACAUGCAGUGUUUCUUCUCAGAGGCCGUGAGGAAAGAUUGCAACAACGACACUGAAAGGUUCUUCAUGACGGUCUUCAGAGCCCUCACCGUCGGCAAUCUGUCAGACACGAGGGGGAGGAACGAUGUGAUCGUGGCUGUUGUUGGAUUUCUUGAUGAGUUUGUAGCACCUCAACUACACGUGGACAGAUUCUUGUUGGAGUAUGUUGAUGCUGUGCGAAGGACGGAACAAGGGGAUAGCAAGAAAGUUCGAGAGAAGAUAGAAACAGUCCUAAAUGUCUGCAAUCUUUUCCCGUCAAGACUAAUCUUCGCUUCUUGUGACGAUCAGCAAGAGCCGAAUCUUCGUUUCCUGCAGACAUUCUCAACUGUCUGCCAGGUUGUCUUCGAGGGCCAGGAGAGCAAGACUUCAACUGGCGAGAUGUUUCCGCUCUCUCUCGCAAGGUUUAUCAUGAGGGGUAUGAAACACACCGGACAAGACUUGUUUUCUCAGACAACGGGACGGAAUCUUUCUUUCCUCGUGCGGCUGCUGCUGUUUCGAUACCAUGCCCUCUCCAUCGACAUGCGGCAAAACCUGCCAAAGCACAGGCUGAUGGAACUGUUCGUUUUCAUUGGGGGUUUACUCUCCUCUGAAAUUGAUGCGUCCACAGACAUAUCUUCCCUGAAGAAUUUCUUAGAAGGAUAUCAGGGACGGCAGAUGUUUGUGAUGUUGCUGCGAAGUUACACGAUGCUGUCCGAGGAACGAGAAUCAUUCUCAUCGUCUCAAAGUUUCUUUCCGCCAUCGUUAGCCAAGCUGAUUCAGAAAUGCGAUGCAGAAUGCAAGCAAGCGAUGGCAAUGGCUCUUGUUGAAGCGGCAGGAAGGGACGGCGAAAUGUCAAGGGAGGAAAAGGAGGGGGGAAGCAUGAAGACGAUGAGACUUUGUUGCUGUGAGCAUGGGAAGGGGAGCUACGCUGCUUCCUUCUUGUUGGAGUCGUUCAGGCUGUCGUCGGAUGACUCUUGGGUGGAUCUUGUACAGUCUUGCUUCAAGGAUGAUCGCAGAGCAGUUGAGGCUCUUCUUGUCAUGGUCUUGUCCACCAUAACUUCGAGGGGCGGAGGGCCAGCCACCGUGAUCGACAUUCUGCUGUCCUUCAACCCUCAACAGACUGAGAGGUUGACCAGAAGGCUCGUUGCUGGCUGCGGUCGGGUUGCCCUCCUGACUUGCUCGUGCGGAGAAAAGUCGAAUCUGAGUGACGUGAAGAAGAAGGGAGCGACGAAUCUGCCUCAUGAAGAAGAGAGCAUGCCUGUCGAGGCGCUCGAGUGA